AUGGACACCCAGCUGCCUUCCAGCGUCGUGAAGAACAUCACGCAGAACCUCCGUCCGGUGGUCUGCUACCAGAAGUCCCUCGUCGCCUCCGCCGGCGUGUGGCUUGGCGACAAGCCCCUCUCCUUCUCCAUGCCUCUGCUCAUGGCUCAGCUCUCCCUGAUCGUCGUCGUCACCAACAUCUCUCACUUCUUCCUCCGCCAUCUCGGCCAGCCCAAGGCCGUCUCCCAGAUAGUGGUAAGUUAAGAACCCAGAUGACUUCCUCCUCCUCCGGACACCAUUUUUAACUCCUCUGGUUCCUCUGCAGGGCGGCGCGAUUCUGGGCUCGUCGGUGGCGGGGAGGAGUAGCUCCUUCGUGGACACCAUGUUUCCCCCGAAGAGCAGGAUACCGCUGAACAUCGUGGCGGAGAUCGGGCUAAUGGUGUUUCUGUUCAUGAUCGGCGUGAAGACGGACUUGAGCAUGAUAAAGAAGUCGGGGAAGAAGGCGGUGGCGAUCGGGCUCCUGUGCACCCUCCUGCCUUUCGGUCUCAUGUCCGUCGUCGGCUACCUCCUCCGCCACUCCAUGCCGGAUGUCCUCACGACGAAGGAUUUCGUCUACCAGUUGGCGGCCACCUGGGCCAGGACCUCCUUCACGGUACUCUCCUGCCUGCUUGAUGAGCUCAACCUGCUCAACUCCAAGAUCGGGCGGCUAGCCAUGUCGGCGACGCUGCUCGCCGAGUUCACCAGCACCGUCCUUACCGCCGUCAACACCUCCGUCGAGCUGGUCCUGCACGCCUCCAACCGGUUGAUGGGGAUCGGCUCCUUCCUGUCCUUCCUCUGCCUUUUGGUCUUCAUCAUCUACGUCGCUCGCCCGCUGACGCUGUGGCUGAUAAGGAGGACACCGGAGGGGGAGCAGAUGGACGAUGGACACUUCCUCGUGGUGCUCGCCAUCAACCUCGCCUGCGGGCUGGUCAGCGAGUUCAUCGGCCACCACGCCUCCAUUGGCUGCUUCCUCCUCGGCCUGGCCCUUCCCGGCGGCGCCCCGCUGGGGAGCACUUUGCAGAGCCGGUUCGACGCCCUGGUGACGGGCAUCUUCGUGCCGCUGUUCCUGGCCAGCGCCGGCUUCCGGUCCAACUUCUUCGCCAUCUCCGGUGCCAGCGAGUGCGGCUACGUCCUCCUGCUCAUCUUCCUCGGCGCCGCCGCCAAGGUCGUCGGAGUUCUCCUCCCGUGCUUCUACUGCAAGGUUCCCCCCCGCGACACCGUGACACUGGUGCUGAUGAUGGUCACCAAGGGCAUCUUCGAGGUCUACGUCCUCAACAAUUGGGUCGACGCAGGGGUAAAAUAAAAAACGAUCGGUCACUGGUCUCUCCUCCUUCCGUUCGGGAAGCCCUAAUCCGCAUGGUUUGAUGCUCGAAUGCAGAUGAUCGACGACCAAGUCUACGCCGUCAUCGUUCUCUGCGUGGUGGGCUUCGCCGCUGUCACCACGCCCAUCUUGAAGAUGGUGUACAAGCCGUCGAUGAGGUACAUCGCCUAUAAGCGGCGGACGGUGGAGCACGCGCGGCGGGACGGCGAGCUCCGGGUCCUGAUCUGCGUCCACAACCAGGAGAACGUCGCCCCCAUCGUCGACCUCCUCAACGCCUUCCAUGCCACCAAGCAGUCCCCCAUCUGCGUCUAUGCCCUCCACAUGACGCAGCUCGCCGGCCACGCCGCCGCCACGCUUGCCCCCUACGAGAUGACCAGCGGGUCCGCCAUGUCGGAGACGGAUCACAUCGUCAAGGCCCUCCGGUUCUUCGAGCAGGAGAACCGGGGUACCCUCCUGCUGCAGCCCUUCGUCGCCAUCUCCCCCCACAACACCAUGCACGACGACGUCUGCACCGUGGCACUGGACAAGAAGGUCGCCCUGGUCGUCCUCCCCUUCCACAAGCACAUGGCCGUGGACGGGACAAUGGAGGCCGUGAGCGCGCUCAAGAUGAUGAAUCUCAACGUGCUCAGCUACGCCCCCUGCUCCGUCGGCAUCCUUGUCGACCACGGCGCCGCCACCGGCACCCACUUCGUGCCCACGAAGCACCUCCUCCACCGCAUUGUCCUCUACUUCAUUGGCGGCACUGACGACCGCGAGGCGCUUGCCUGUGCCAUGCGCAUGGCCGAGAACCCCGCAAUCGGCGUCACCGUCGUCCGCUUCCGCGCGCCGCCGAUGGACCGCCGAGCCGCCGGCCCGGAGGAGGCCAUGGACGACGAGAUGGUCGGCCGGUUCCGCCUGAGAACGGUGGAGGCUUCAACCCGGCUCGCCUACAAAGAGGAGAUCGUCAAGGACGGAGAGGACACCAUCGGAAUCAUCCGCUCCAUGAGCGACGGCUUCAGCCUUCUCGUCGUCGGCCGGCGGCACGGCAUAGACUCACCGUUGACUGAGGGCCUGUCCAUGUGGAGCGAGUACCCUGAGUUGGGUGUCCUCGGGGACCUUCUCGCCUCCACCGACUUCGGUGCUAAUGUCUCCACCCUCGUUGUCCAGCAGCAGACCAGAGUCGGCGCCGACAGCCACGCCGCCGUCAACUGCAACCGGGGAGGAGGUCUCUGGAACAGGUUUAGCCGAGGCCGACGCGUGGCCCCUCACGACGCAGUUUAA